CCAAGUACCAGUCUCAUCUCAUAGCCGCGCCCAGCUCCUUCGUCUCCGACCAACCGCUGCUGUACAUUGCUGGAUAUCUGCGGCAAGAUUCUCUCCCCGUCAAAUCUGUGAUGUAUACUAUCUGAAGUCUGUAAUCUGGUGUCUUCACGCGGAGUAAAUCCUAGGACAGUUCUCAUGCCUCCGGGACGUCUUUCCUUCUCAUUAAACCCGUCAUGGAUGCACUAUGUCUCAAGGGCAGCCUUGGCCGUAGCACUGAUUGCCGGUCUACUACGGUAUGCUCUGCUUGAUUAUUUCGACCCACUGCGUUGUGGGGCCCUACUGAGCAAAGGACGUUUCCUCGAUGACAAGCGCCAGAAUUGGCAGCCAGACGGCUGCAUGAUGCACCGAUAUAUGGAGAAGGAUUCCUCGCGAUGUCUCUCCGGUCGAGACGUCAUAUUCAUUGGCGACUCUGUGACCCGGAAGCUCUUCUUCCAGUUUGCCCAUGUUGUCGAUCCCGCUCUUCCUACGUCGCCGCCUGCCGAUGAUCAAAAACACUCGGACCAUACGUUGGUGUCCGACUCGGGCACCCGACUGACUUUCUAUUGGGACCCAUUCCUCAACUCGUCUCGGGUAACCGAAUUUGUCGCAGUGGAGCGCGGUUCAGGUGUCGCCGACGGCCGACAUCCACAACCUGCCCUCCUGGUGCUGGGCUCUGGUCUCUGGUAUUUGCGUUAUUCCGACAGCUCAGGGGGUCUCCCUGCUUGGGAGUCCAAUACAGAAAGGCUACUCGGCCAUAUCUCCCGUGCACCGGAGUUAGUGGCGGAUGAGAUAGUCAUGUUACCGGUGGAGGAGGUCGUAUCUACCAAACUCACUCGAGAGAGGGCGGAUACGAUGCGCAUAGCAGACAUCGAUGCUAUGAACUCCGAUCUGUACCAUCGCAUAAACCCACCAUCUAGUGAUACUGUACGCUUGUUUUAUUCUAGUCAUCCGCCGCUGCCAGUGUCAUUCCCGUCGGCUUUCAACCUCAUGCUGGAUCCGUCGCGCACGGACGACGGCUUGCAUUUCUCAGAUGAUGUUGUGAACAUCCAAGCCCACAUAUUGCUGAACUCUCGGUGUAAUGACGUGCUACCGAAGAGGUUCCCCUUCGAUAAGACGUGUUGUCGAAGGUAUCCGUGGCCGUCAGCGUUGUAUCUGGUAUUCCUAUCGGUCGUCUUCCUGCUGGGGCCUUACAAAUUUGCGUCCUCUUGGUAUAGGAAAGGUUACGCCAUGUCGGCUGUCUACGAAACCAUGGACGAGAACAAACCUUUGUUGGUCUACAGCGGUAUCCUCUGCCUGAUAUUCAUGGCCGACAGGACUAGUUUCUGGCUCAAAGAGCAGAAGCAAUUCGAUGCGUGGAUGUUUGGAGGCUUCAGCUUUCUUAGUCUCGUUGCCGGUCUCAGUACACUGAGGAAGUCCGACAAAGACCUCGGGUUUCUCAAUCGGGAACAGACAGACGAGUGGAAAGGAUGGAUGCAAAUUGCCAUUCUCAUAUAUCACUACCUGGGAGCUUCCAAAGUCUCCGUGAUAUACAAUCCUAUCCGUGUACUGGUAGCAUCAUAUCUUUUCAUGACGGGGUACGGACAUACCACAUUCUAUGUCAAGAAGGCAGACUUUGGUUUCAGGCGUGUUGCCCAGGUUAUGGUCCGCCUCAAUCUCUUCACUCUCCUGCUCGCAUAUACCAUGAACACGGACUACUUGUCGUAUUACUUCACCCCCCUAGUAUCGAUGUGGUUCCUCAUCAUAUACGGGACCCUGGCUAUCGGUUGCCACUACAAUGAUCGCUUCCCUUUCCUGGUCACCAAGAUCUUCGCAUCUAUGGGGUUGGUCAGUCUGUUCAUGCGCGAGCACUGGCUGCUUCAGACGUUCUUCUAUAUCUUGCAACGGACGUGUGCGAUAAGGUGGUCUGCCGACGAAUGGGCCUUCCGGGUUAAUCUGGACCUCUGGAUCGUAUACUUUGGAAUGUUCACCGCGCUGGCCACAAUCAAAAUACGCGAAUAUCGACUCACCGAACACCCUCACUGGCACACAGCUGUGAAGAGUGCCAUCGUCAUUUCCGGUCUUGUAUUGGUUUGGUACAUGCUCUUCGAGGUCUCUCAACCUACGAAAUUCGUUUACAACACCUGGCACCCGUACAUCUCCUUUCUACCCAUUGGCGCGUUCGUCAUCCUACGAAACGCGAGCAAUGUUUUACGUUCAGCUUCCUCUCGGCUCUUCGCGUUCGUCGGCAGGUGCUCCUUGGAAACAUUCAUUAUCCAAUUUCACCUAUGGCUCGCUGCCGAUACGAAGGGCAUCCUGAUCGUCAUUCCUGCUACAAGAUGGAGAAUGACGAAUCUAGUAAUCACGACAAUUGUCUUUGUCUAUGCGAGCCAUCUCGUAGCCGAAGCGACUGGAGAGAUAACCACCUGGAUAUGUGGCAGUGACUCUAAGACGUUGCCUCUGACGGCCAGAGCGCCUACGACGGCACAGAUCCCGCUCGCAGGAGGUCCAUCUGACGAGACUGGCAAAGGGGCAGAUGGCGCAGACGAACCAGAAGCGGCAUCACAGCAUGUACCAAGUUGGGCGGAUCGACUGGCAGAGGGCAGCACAGGUUCAUCUUCGUCUGCUUUUAGAUUGUGGUCUUCCUCGGAUAGAUGGGACCUUGGAUUGAAGACCAAGGUUCUGCUCGGAGUCGGACUGAUGUGGCUCUUGAAUGUACUGUGGCCAGUCUCAUGA